GACUGCCUUUGACAGGUAAAUAAAUUUAACAAAAUUAAGUUUAAAAAUACUCGAAAUUAUUAGUUUUUCGUUGUAGUAUAUAAUUUUCUAAUUUUAUCACGUGCAUGUAUUUUAUAUAGUUUAGAAAACAGGAAGACUGGAAAAGUUAAACAUGAUGUCAUGAAAUUUUUAAUACAAAUAAUACAAAUUAUAAGUGGCUUGCAAAAAACAAUGGAGCAAGAAAUAUUUAUAUCGAAAUUUGAAAUAAAAGGAGAGCCAAUUUAUACAAAAAUUACAUGGCAAGCCAAUAAAAAUGAUCUAUUUCUUAUGAAACUCUUAGAAAAAGAUGCAAGUUGGACUGGCAAAUAUUCAGUUGAUACUGCUAGCAAAUUUAGAGAACUUACUGACGAAGAUGAAACUCAAUAUGAGAAAAACGUCAAGGAAUGCUUAAAAAAUAAUGACAGUCAGUAUAUAGUCGAUUUCGUAAUGGAAACAAAUAACAGUGCAGUAUUUUGUUGGAAAAAGAAAUUUGAGGGUUCUACAGCUGUUCUUAUCCAUGGUAAAGUAACUUUACUAAGAGAUCAGCAACUAGAAAGAAAAGAUCAUCUUAUAGACAUUUUAUUAAAUGAAAAUAAGAAAUUGCAACAAAUUAUUAGAAAGAGUAAGCAGGAUAGUGAAAAAUUGACUUUUGAUCUGGAAAAAUCCAAGAAUGAACUUGAAAACUUUGCAGAUCAAAAAAUAUCCAUGGAAACUACAUUAUAUGGAAAAUUUAUACAAUUAUUAAAUGCUAAGAAAAGAAGAAUACAACUUUUGGAAGAUAUCUUGAAGAACAGCGAAAAGAACUAAAUCAUGACUAUGUUUUAACUUUUAUAAAAAAAAUGAAAAUGUUUUUUAUAGGUAAUGUACUGAUAAUAUUAUUAUAUAAAAUGAAAUACAGCCACAAUAUUCAAUGAUUUAUUUUUAAAUAAAAUUU